CUGAGCUCUGAUACUAGUCAAGGAGACUUAGCAGGACGCUACACACCGGUGCAACAAGGAACCACACAUUUUAAAGCAAGCUUUCGGUCAGUUUGGGACAACAGCAGCUAUGAAGAUAACACUGGCGACUCUCACUCUGUGCCUGGUGGUGCUCAUGGCCACAGGUUUCCCUUUUGAGCGGAAAGGGACUUCACCCGCCGCCGGUGCUGCCAAAGAGAAGCGUGUCCAGAGCGCAGCGUGGGACGACGUUAAUGUCAUCGCCCAUGGCCUGCUGCAGCUGGGCCAGGGCCUGAAGGAGCACGUGGACAAAACCAAAGUCCAGAUGAGGGACGUGUUCACCAAGCUGAAAGUAUUCAAUCGCACCGUGGCCGAGCUGGGGAAGGAAAGCCAGAGGCUGCGAGCCGAAGGGGAGGCCCUGAAGGCUCGGGCUCAGGGGCUGGAGGACAGAGAAGGGCAGCUGCUGAAUGUCACGGCCGAGCUGAGGGAGAAGGCUGAGGAGAUGCAGCAGGAGAGGAGGACGAUGAAUGAAAGAGUGAGCCGGCUGGAGGAGAGGGUGGACAGCAUGCUGCAGGGAGACACGGUGCUGCCUGAUGGGAACACCGGUGCCAAGAACAACAGUGAUGCUCACAACAUCCAGCUCAUGCUGGAGGCUCAGAACAGACGCAUCGAUGAUCUGAUGGACCGCAUCAGACUCCAACAGGAGAAGCUCGACAAGCAGAACGUGCGCAUCAGAACCCUGCAGAGCCAGAUCCAGCAGUCCAGACAGAGACCCUCCCCGCGGAGCAGCAGCACUGACGGCUCCGUGCGAGGUGGAGACGCGGAGCAGCGCGACUCUCCAGUCGAGAUCGCGUCAGACUGCCAUGAGCUGUUCCUGAGAGGAGAGACCACCAGCGGGGUCUACACCAUCCAGCCCGGGAGCUCAGAGCCCUUCGAUGUCUUCUGUGAGAUGACAGCUGAUGGUGGAUGGACGGUGAUCCAGAAUCGCCAAGACGGUUCAGUGGACUUUGACCAGCUAUGGUCGGCCUACCAAAAAGGAUUUGGAAGCCUGAAUGGAGAGUUCUGGCUGGGUCUGGAGAAGAUCCACGGUAUCGCUAAAGAUGGCGGCUACGUGCUCAAUAUCAAGCUCUCCGACUGGAACAACGACUUGGCGACCGUCUGCCUCCCGUUCCGACUGGGCGGAGAGGAAACCAAGUACUCGCUCCAGAUCCAGGAGACCGGCACCUUCAGUCCUCUGGAGAGCUCACUGGGAACCGACGCCACCUCCGCUCUGCCUUUCUCCACCCGGGAUCAGGACAAUGACCAGAAAACCGACACUAACUGUGCCAAACACCUCUCUGGUGGCUGGUGGUUCAGCAACUGUGGUCGCUCCAACCUAAACGGCAGAUUCUUCCAGAGCCCUCCUCCCAAGCAGCGGCACCAGAGGAAGCAAGGCAUCUUCUGGAAGACCUGGAGGGGCCGGUACUACCCCCUGAAGUCAAGCAAAAUCAUGAUCGCUCCCGCUGCCAUCGUGAGCAAGUCAUAAAGACGACAAAGAGAAAGAGUCGAGACAAAAGGGGAGAAAGAAGAAGUAGAUGUUGGACUUUUCUUUCUUUGAUGAACGUUGAUGUGGUAGAGCUUUCCGUUUCCUUGGUCGUCGUCUUCCUGUGAGGAAGAUUUCAUACCAGAACCAAGGCCCUCAAACAGAGGCAAAGAAAAAACAACUCACUCUAGAUGAGUUUCCACUGCUCUGUCCUCUGAAGGACGAGCAGAUUCCUGCCCGCAUCUGAAGCCGCAGACGGAAAAAGAAAAAAAGACAUGAACAUGCAAUGGAAAGUUUUUUAAGUGUUGUACCAUUGCAGCUUCCUUCUGUUGGCAUGAGGCAGCAGCAGCGUGUCACAGAGCGAGCCUCGGCAUGCCCGCCGCGCCGUAAGACGCAAAGCAUCUCCAACAAGUCCAGACUCCUCAGCAGACAUGAGGUGUCAGUUGUGUACGCGGGUUGUUGUCGGGCUGACUGUGGUUCUGUAGCCAGUAAACAGGACUGUCGGCUCAGGAGCUGGUAGGAAAAGAAACACAGGCCGAUUAGGCAAUCCUGCUGAAACCCAACGGACCAAAUGGUGACUUUAAUUAAAACAAAGAGUCAUUUUCCACAUGGCCAGAUUAGCGUUAUGUAAAGUUCCUUGGCUGUAAACUAGGAUUACGAUGCAGAAGCUGUGUGAACACUGAGACGAGACCAUUCCAGCCUUUUCUACAAUAUUCUGUAUAUUCUGCCUGAAAAUCUGAAUCACAGUAAAAAACAAAACAACAUUCUUCACUGAUUUUCAGUUCCUCAGUGGAGAUUCCAAUGAUAUUAAGUCAUAUUGACUCCCUUUGAGAUGAGAGGCAUUGUUCUGUACAUAGUAUUUGAAGGAAUGUCGUCUGUUUUCAGAUAUACAACCCACCGCUGUGAUGUUGUCUGUGUCCGUUUGACUUGAGUUUGUUGUUGUAGAUGUCCCUUUUUCUUAUUUAAAUGCUGUAAAGAAUCAAUAUAUAUAUAUAUUUCUGCUGCUUCCUGUUUGUAAUUUAUAUUGUUCUUGUUUUGUUUUUUUAAGAGAAAAUAACAAUUUUUGGCCAUAAUGAGCCAAUAAAACUGAUUUAAACUGAA